AUGACGGAAUCCACUAUCCUAGAGAGACUUCUGGCUCUCGACACCAACACGGUCUCCGAUGCCCUCGACUUCCUCAAGCUUCAAGGUGCCACAUACGGCCUUCGCCCACUUUGGGACUGUCCGAAGAUUGUUGGACGCGCUAGCACAGUUCAACUGGGCCCAAAGACAGAUGCUGAACCGACCACUCAUUUGAUCACACCUGUCAUCAGUGCUGUAACAACGGAUGACCGUAUUCUGGUCAUCGCCGGUGGUCUGGAGGGCAUUUCAUGCUGGGGCGAUAUUAUCUCCAAUGCCUCGAAGGUGAAGGGCAUCCGUGGAACUGUCAUUGAUGGAAUGAGCCGUGAUAUUGAUGGGAGUCAGAAUGUCGGGUAUCCUGUGUACGGCCGUGGAGUCACUAUGAUCAGUGCGCGUAACAGGAUGGUCCAAGUUGACUCUGGGACGCCUAUCCAGGUUCGCGGUGUGACAGUCAAGCAAGAUGACUAUGUGAUUGCCGAUCGAUGCGGAACAGUGUUCAUCUCGACUGAACAUAUUGAAGAGGUCAUAGACUUGGGAGAGCGAAUCGAUCGUCGACAGAGCCUCAUGGUUGAAAAGGUUCGCGCGGGAAAGCCCGUUUCCGAGGUUAUGCACGACAGACAGUUCGAUGCCAUAAACAAGGCUAAGGCAUCGAGGUCAGAGAAAAGCUCAGAGACUGCGUCCACUUCCAUCGGGAACCCCAAGAAAGGAACUCCAGAAGAUGAGGAGCUGGUAGCCCUAUUCGCUGAUUCAGACACACCCGGUGUUUCCGAUGCCCUUGACAAACUCGGCAUCCCUGGGCAAGCAUUCAACAUCAUGCCCUUGACUGAUUACAAAAAGGUCACAGUCGGCCCGGCCUUCACCGUGCGCUACGUCCCCGCUAGCAACCCACCGGGAAGUGUAGGCGAUUUCAUCGACGACGUUGCAGUGGGUGAUGUGGUUGUCAUUGAUAACGGAGGUCGCACGGAUUGCACAGUUUGGGGCGAUAUCAUGACGCAGUACGCCGGUCUUCGGGACAUUGCUGGAACCGUUAUCGACGGCGUCUGUCGUGAUGUGAAUCGUGCAAUCGACGAUAACUACCCUCUCUUCACUGCAGGCCGUUGGAUGCGAACUGGUAAAGAUCGUGUGCAGGUCGGCGGCGUUAAUGAGCCGGUCGGCAUUGGCAAGGUGCGCGUCGAACCUCGAGAUAUUGUGGUUGCCGAUGCAAACGGUGUCGUCAUUGUGCCUAGAGCCCGGGCUCGUGAGGUAGCUGAAGUUGCACGAAAGAUUGAGAAGAGCGAAGCUGGAAUUCGGGAAUUGAUCGUUGGAGGGGCGACGGUUGCUGAGGCACGCAAGAAACUUGGGUAUCAUACCUUACAGCGCAAGGAUUGA